AUGACUCAACCUACAACUGCUGAAAAUAAUCAGAACACUGAACAAAGAUCGAGUGCUGCGCACGUCCAAAGUUCCUCUUCCGGUGCCCUUGCUCCAAACGACCUUAUUGAGCGUCAUAAAUUACCUUAUGUACAAGAAAGUCGCCGUAGAAAAAAAAAUUUUGAUUCUUAUGUGCCUUCUGGACUCGGUGACACCCGAAGAAAACGGGUAAUGACGACCGAAAUUUCUGAAAACUACCGGGUCAAGCCAUAUUGUAAAAACAUCCGUCGAAACAAAUUAAAUUCCGCGAAAUUCCACUCUGGUAAGGCAUCGAUCCCGUGGGCAAAUGACGAAAUUGAACUCAAUAAAAUGGCUCGCGUGGAAGCUGAUAAGAAGGAUAAGCUUUAUCAUCAACUUGAACCAGAAAAAUUUUUUCCCAGAUGCUUUAAUAAACCUAAUUUUACUUCGGCUGAGUAUCUUGAUUGGAUGCGAUGGGAACUUGAAGCUUUCGAAGACAUCGAAAUACCACGCCCAGAUGAAGUCGAUAAAUAA